CCGGGGUGUGUUCCUGUUGCCGAGUUUCCGCCAUGCACCCGUAUCGUAUGUGAAGGCUGCAGAGUUGAACCACGAUCCAUACACUUUCAAAAGAGUUGCCGAUAUUGAUACACGCUUUGUGCAUUUCCAGGUCAUUUUAAAAUCGUGAUAAACUCAUUCUCUAAUCUAUGCUCGAAGCUGGCUGUACAUUUUGACUUAAAGUGAAGUUGCAAAGAGGUCUAGGCCCAAACUUCAUGGACUGUUAGCUUCCGAGCUGAAACCAAUGGUGGGAUGGGUAACCUUCUAAAAGUUCUUACAAGGCAGUCAGAACCAGGCAACACUGAUAUCUUCAUUGACUUUGAAAAUGCUUCACCAACAGAAAGUGAAAGAGAAGUGUAUGAAGUCGUAAGAGAGGUUUUAGGGCUUGCCCCAGAGAUUUUGAAAGAACUAGAAGAGUACAAAGGUGCAAGUGAAGAAAUUAGGGAAGCAAUUGCUAAUCCAAGGAAUGAUGGUCUGCAAGAGUAUGCCUGGGCUGCUGUCCUUCCGUUAGUUGCCAAGUUAAAGCGCUUCUAUGAAUUUUCUAUACAGCUAGAAAAUGUUUUACCGCAGCUCUUGUACUCACUGUGUGGCAGUCGCAAUGAACCACUUUUGCAGCUAGAUAGCCACCAAGCGUUGGCAAAACAAUUUGCGGAAAUAUUACAUUAUACUUUAAAGUUUGAUGAUUUGAAGAUGUGCAACCCUUCUAUUCAGAAUGACUUUAGUUAUUACAGAAGGACGCUAAGUCGAAAACGGAUGGAUGGAUCAGAAGAAAACUGUUUGCAAGUUUCAACAGAAAUGGCCAACCGAAUGUCAUUGUUUUACGCUUAUCCAACGCCAUUUCUAAAGACCCUGAGUGAUGCUACUGGAAAGUUUGUUUCUGAUAAUAAAAGUCUACCAAUUGAAAAUACGACAGAUAUGCUUGGUACUUUAGCUAAACUUUGUAGGGAGAUGAUAGAGAAUCCGGCAAUCGCAUGCAGGUUUCAAAAUGAAGAAACAAAAUUCUUCUGCCUGCGAGUUAUGGUUGGUGUUAUCAUUUUGUAUGACCAUGUGCAUCCUGUUGGCGCGUUUGCUAAAAAUGCAGCUAUUGACAUGAGAGCUUCAAUAAAAAUCUUGAAAGAUCAACAACCAUCCCCGCAUGGGGCCACGCAUGGAACAGUAGAUGGCUUGCUAAAUGCUUUGCGGUAUACAACGAAGCAUUUGAACGAUGAAUCGACUCCAAAGAACGUGAAGAUAAUGCUAACACAAUGAUCCUUUUUGUCGUUUCCAACACUGACAAAAACUGUUUAGAUUAAGCAAGGCUUGCAAGUGACAGUUAGGCCGUCAGCCCUUAGUUUUUAAUCGUAUUCAGCUUUUUAUUGAUCAAACACAACCUGUUGCAACUGAAGUAAGUCGCAAUUGAAAUCACAGCGAUCGAAGAUCACUUUCGGAAUUACGUCACAGCAAUGCUUUGAUUCGUGCUUAUAAUGAUCAAAGAUCGCAUUAAUCACGGUAGAUCGCAGAAGGUUGAUCGCCGUCCCAUGACUUGUAUUAUAUGAAUUUUUUCGAUAUUUGCUAGUUAGUUUUUUAAGUAAUGAAGGACUGGUAAUUAAAGUGUAUUGAAGAUGAUAUCAGAUUAUAUCGAUAAGUUUUCAUUUUCUAA